AUGUCUUCUCCUUUGGAGUAUCUCGAUCGUCACAUUCAUCAACAUCACUAUCCUACGUCCCUGCUACGACUCGUUUUCCUCGAUCUUGUUCUCUCUAAAUUAUGGAAAAAUGUGCAACUGUUUCCGGUGGAGAAUCUAAAUACGAGCAUCAUUCUUGCCCAUGAGCCAGACACACCUCCCGACCAAUACUUGGUUAUUUUACCUAUUUCUCAAGAAGAUACCCUAUCUAUGAAAAGGAUUUCAGACAUGUUUAAGGCCUUAGACGGAGCGAACAUUCGUCAAAUACAAGGCGACGGUUUAAAGAAAAUUACUUUGGCAAUCGUCUCGCCGGAUUCCACCAUUGUAUAUUACCAUAUCAGCCGUGGUCUUGUGCCUCCCAAAUCUUAA